AUGAGGCAGGAACCAGAAGUGGGAGCCAAAUUGAAUAUUUCAGAAUACCACAGACAGGAUGGGCACAUGGGGGGUUGUACAACACAGGGAAUGCUAACAGGACCAUCACCGCCAGAGGAUGAAGACUGCUGUAGCAUCUGGCAUAGUGGUGAUGGACCUGAGGCCAUAGGAGCUGACUCCGUGGGUGCCCCAGGGCUGGAGCACCCAGUCGCCUGCUCCAGCUCACCUCUGCCUCUGCCUCCUCCGCGAGCGUGCUGCCACGUCCUGCUUCUCCUCCCUCCCAGUCCUUGCACCACGACACAACUGAUUCGCAAGGUGACAUUUGAGACUGUUGCUCAAGUGCUGGAGAGUGCUAGUAUAUCCCAGCAAGAGAUCCAGAUUGCUGCCAUAAUUGGUGACAAAAGAUGUGUUAAUUUGCGGAUGAAUUCAACAAACUCUGGAGAGCUAGGCGGGCUUAAGCAACUUUGUUCAUCCGUGAAAUUGGGAACAAGUGCUGAAUCACCUCUGGCACGAUAUUCAAGACUGCUUGUUGUCCUGCUCAUAGCUGGAGAUGCUUCUCAAAGGGGAGACAGGACUAUAAAAGGAAGAGGAAGACGCACACUAAGACAACACCCCUCUCUCUCCCUAUCUGCCUCUGGCAUUGCACUUAAGACGACAAAUGAAAACAGCCCUUGGACUCUGGAGGGUCUGGUCAGUGAUCUGCUGGAGCAUGUGGAGAUAAAACUGUGCUUUGAAUAUAAUAUAGUUUGGUAA